UGGUUGGUCUGACUUCUGGAUUAUUGACGAAGUAAGCAAGCCGAGAGCCGACGGCGUCUUUUGAGUUGUCUUCUUGCUCAUUGAACCCGCCUCUUAUCGGAGAAACUGCACUACUGAAACUGGGGGGGGAAAAAAAAACACAUUAUUUUGUCUCUCUUCUUCUCUCUCCACACUCAUGAGAGAGUAACGAUUUCUCUAAAACCCUAUAAAAAGUUUACAGAAAAAUGAUAUGUCAAUCACCAUUUUCGUUCAAAUUUAAUCAGAUCGAAUUUGUCCAAUAAAAUUUGAUGACCAACAGAAAACAAAGGAAAUCCAAAUUCAACAAUGUCGUGGGGGUUGGGCUGGAAACGUCCAUCGGAUACUUUCCAUGUCACCUUAAGCUACGGCGCCGAUGACGCAUUGGAUGACGCCAGCCCAAGGUCAUCACGAUCGUCGUCGGCGUCGUCGGCCGCCGGCGUGGGUGGGUCCUCGUCAUUCAGCUCAUCCCUUGCAAUGCUUUCACAGGAAAAUAAUCAUGAGCAAUUCGGGUUUCGAGUUGACCUCGACUGGACUGCCGGCGAGGAUGAGGAUCAGGUCGCUCUCCGGCUCCAGUCGCAGGUCAUGGUCGCGCUGCCGUCGCCGCAGGACACUGUCGAAGUUGAAAUGAACGAGAAGGAGAAGAGUCCUAGAAAUUUGGAAAAUGGCGGCGAGAUUGUUGAAAGUGGGGAGGGUAGUGUGGCCAGCGGCGUGGCUGGGGAGGAUUUUGGGGGAGAGGUGGGAGUGGAGAUGAGGGUGGUGAAGAGGAGGGAGCCGUUGAAGGGGGUUAUAAUGUGGAGAGUUGGGGGAUCGGGCCAGCAGAGUGAUGGGAUGGGAGUUUUUGUGAGGCUGAUGAGGUCAAAUUUUGCGAAUGGGGUUGGAGGUGGAGGUGCGGCUGCGGAGGGGGCUGGAGCAGGGCACGGAGCUGGGGUUGGGGCUGUCGUAGGGUGUGCUGAGCAUUGGAAGAGUGUCACUUUGGUCAGUCUCUGUGGUCUGGGAUUAUCAGUCUUGCCUGUGGAGGUAACCCAACUGCCACUACUUGAGAAGCUAUAUCUUGAUAACAACAAGCUAUUAACUUUGCCACCUGAGCUUGGUGGGCUAAAAAACUUGAAAGUUCUUGCAGUUGACUUCAACCUGCUGGCCUCUGUUCCUGCUGAACUAAGGCAAUGUGAUGGAUUACUUGAAUUGUCUCUGGAACACAACAAAUUGGUCCGGCCUCUUCUUGAUUUCAGGUCUAUGGCUGAGUUGCGGGUUCUAAGGCUAUUUGGAAAUCCAAUGGAGUUCCUCCCUGAUAUCUUACCAUUGCAUAAACUUCGUCAUUUGUCUCUUGCAAAUAUCAGGAUUGUUGCAGAUGACAAUCUUAGAUCAUUGAAUGUGCAGAUAGAGAUGGAGAACAGUUCUUACUUUGUUGCAUCUCGGCAUAAACUGAGUGCCUUCUUUUCUCUCAUAUUCCGGUUUUCUUCUUGUCAUCACCCUUUGCUUGCAUCUGCUCUGGCAAAGAUAAUGCAAGAUGAGGGAAAUCGGGUUGUCGUUGGGAAAGAUGAGAAUGCAGUGCGGCAGCUCAUAAGUAUGAUAAGUAGCGACAAUCAACACGUGGUUGAGCAAGCUUGUUCUGCUCUUUCAUCUCUUGCUUCAGAUGUUUCUGUGGCAAUGCAGUUGAUAAAGACUGACAUCAUGCAACCAAUUGAAGGAGUGCUGAAAUCUGCCAGUCAAGAAGAAGUAAUAUCUGUGCUGCAAGUUGUGGUUAAGUUGGCUUUUACGUCUGAUAUUGUGGCUCAGAAAAUGUUGACUAAGGAUAUACUAAAAUCUUUGAAAUUAUUAUGCGCCCAUAGAAAUACGGAGGUACAAACAUUAGCUUUAUUGGCAGUGGGAAAUUUAGCUUUCUGCUUGGAGAAUCGGCAUACACUCGUUACUUCAGAAAGUUUGAGGGAUCUUCUUGUACGACUGACAGUUGCAUCCGAGCCACGUGUGAAUAAAGCUGCAGCUCGUGCUUUGGCUAUACUUGGCGAAAAUGAGGUUCUGCGGCGUGCUAUUAGAGGCCGGCAAGUCCCAAAGCGUGGGCUGCGUAUCCUUUCCAUGGAUGGUGGUGGCAUGAAAGGUCUGGCAACUGUCAGGAUGCUCAAGGAAAUUGAAAAGGGCACUGGGAAACAGAUACAUGAGCUGUUUGACCUUAUUUGUGGUACAUCAACGGGUGGCAUGCUUGCAGUUGCUCUUGCAAUUAAAUUGAUGUCCUUGGAAAGAUGUGAAGAGAUAUACAAAGAGCUAGGGAAACUUGUUUUUGCUGAACCUGUUCCGAAGGACAAUGAAGCAGCAAGUUGGAGAGAAAAAUUGGAUCAACUUUACAAAAGCUCAUCUCAGAGUUUCAGAGUUGUUGUGCACGGAUCCAAACACAGUGCAGAUCAGUUUGAGCGAUUAUUGAAGGAGAUGUGUGCUGAUGAGGAUGGAGAUCUUCUGAUAGAAUCAGCUGUUAAACGGGUUCCCAAAGUAUUUGUGGUAUCAACUCUUGUCAGUGUUGCACCAGCUCAGCCUUUCAUAUUCCGCAAUUACCAGUACCCUGCUGGGACUCCAGAGAUUUCCUCCGCAAUUUCUGAGAACUUGACAACAGGUGGCCUUGGAGCAGCAACAUCUGGAGCCCAAGUUGGAUCCAAGAGGAACGCCUUUCUUGGAAGUUGUAAGCACCACGUAUGGCAAGCUAUAAGAGCAUCUUCUGCUGCACCAUAUUACCUUGAUGAUUUCUCUGACGGUGCUUACCGUUGGCAGGAUGGAGCUAUUGUUGCAAAUAAUCCUACUAUUUUUGCCGUACGAGAAGCACAAUUAUUAUGGCCAGAUGCUAGAAUUGAUUGCUUAGUGUCAAUUGGAUGUUGUUCUGUCCCUACCAAGGUUCGGAAAGGAGGAUGGCGUUAUUUGGAUACUGGUCAGGUGUUGAUUGAAAGUGCAUGCUCAGUUGAUCGUGUGGAGGAAGCUUUAAGCACGUUGCUCACUAUGCUUCCUGACAUACAAUAUUUUCGGUUCAAUCCAGUCGAUGAGCGUUGUGAGAUGGAGCUAGAUGAGACUGAUCCAACGGUUUGGUUGAGAUUGGAGGCUGCCACAGAUGAUUACAUCAAGAAGAACUCUAUGUCAUUUAGAACUGUAUGUGAGAGUUUGCUGGAGAAUUCACAUGAUGAAAAAUUUCCAGAUAGUCUAAAGUCUCAGCAGUUUGUUAAAGCGAAAGGUUUAAAAUCUGUGCUAGAUGACAACAGCCCCUCUAUAGGCUGGAGACAAGCCGUGCUUCUUGUUGAGGCUUCUAACAGUCCAGAUUCUGGAAGAGUUUUUCAUCAUGCACGCUCACUUGAGACGUUUUGUGGUCGCUCUGGAAUAAAGCUAUCUCUAGUGAAUGAUAUAUCAGGCACCCUCAGAGCAACUGCAGGGUCUACAUUCCCAACACCAUUUACAUCACCUUUGUUUACUGGGAGCUUCCCAUCAAGCCCCCCGUUCUACAGUCCAGAUUUUGGGUAUCAGAGGGUUGGCCGGAUUGAUUUGGUUCCUCCUUUAAGCUUGGAUGGAUCCCAAUCUGCAAAAACAACUGCUUCACCGCCUGACUCUCCUGCCAGACGCAGGCAAUUGACUUUACCUGUCCUUUCACUGCAUGACAAACUAAGGAAUUCUUCUCAAGUUGGACUGAUACAUUUGGCUCUGCAAAAUGAUAUAUAUGGGUCCAUAUUAAGUUGGCAGAAUGAAGUGUUUGUGGUUGCUGAGCCGGGAGAACUAGCAGAAAAAUUUCUGCAGACUGUAAAAUAUAGCCUACUGGCAAUGUUUCGAGGACGACGUAGGAAGAAUGCAUCAAUUAUCACAGACAUUUCUACAAUUUCUGACCUGGUUUCGUGUAGGCCCUACUUCCAAAUUGGAGGUGUUGUUCAUCGAUAUAUUGGAAGACAAACACAAGUUAUGGAAGAUGAUCGAGAAAUUGCUGCAUAUAUGUUCCGUAGGACUGUUCCUUCUGUUCACUUAACUCCAGAAGAUGUUCGUCUGAUGGUGUGGCCUAGUUUACAUCUGCUUUCAUUUGGCUUUCCAUUCUUAAUGAAUUCUAGAGAAACCAUCCUAUGAUUCGGUUGGGGCUUGGAGGGAUAGGAUUAUAAUCUUCACUGGCAUCUACGGGCCUACCCAGGCUUUGAUCAAAUCACUUCUUGAUUCUGGUGCUAAAGCAGUCAUAUGCCCUUCUGCUGAACCUGAAGAAACACAGUUGGCAACAUUCCAGGGGUCUGGUGAAUUUAAUGCUGUAGAGAAUGGGAAGUUUGAGAUUGGAGAUGAAGAAGCAGAAGAUGAAGACAUGGAACCUGCCAGUCCAAUAAGUGACUGGGAAGACAGUGAACCUGAAAAAAACGGAGCACCUUCACAUUAUUACUGGGAUGAUGAUGAGGAGGAAUUGUCUCAGUUUGUCUGCCAGUUGUAUGACUCACUGUUUCAGAGUGGUUCAAGAGUAGAUGUAGCCUUACAAAAUGCUCUUGCCUUGCAUCGCAGCCUCAGAUAUUCAUGCCACCUUCCCAGUAUAAUGUGAUCCAGCCAUUUUAACUUUUUCUGACUAAAGAGGUGCAAGUUGAAUGGUCUUUGACAGCAGCAUGCUCUUGCCUUGCCGAGGUAUGUGCAUCAUUUUUUCAGUGUAGACUGUAAAGUACAUACGAGAUGAUAUUGAGAAAAUCCUAUAUUAUACGUGAAAAUGUAAAUCCAAAUAAAGGAAAAUUGGAUAAAAAAAAUUUGAAAGAGUAAAAAACAACAAUGGGGGUUAGGGAAAAAAUGGAAAAAGUAAAGGAGAGAGCGCAAGCUCUUCAAGUUUGAGGCUUGUAAUUUAUUUGAUAACUAUUUGAAUAAAGCAUCUUUCAGUUUUAUCAAGAGCAUUACAUUGCAAUGCGCUAA